GACAUAGACACGAUGGCCUCUUUCUUCAGAUCAGCACCCAGAGCCCUGUCUCGCGCAUCAGCAUGCCAGCCCUUGGCCGCUCGUGCCAGAGCUGCACCUUUCAUGUACCGUGGUCUUGCCACAAGUCAGGAACAGCCUCGCAUUCGUCUUGGUUCUGUCGCCCCUGACUUCAGCGCAAAGACGACUGAUGGGGACAUCAAGUCCUUCCAUGAGUGGAUUGGUGACAGCUGGGCAAUUCUGUUUUCGCACCCAGCCGACUACACACCUGUAUGCACUACUGAGCUCGGCGCCUUUGCCAAGUUGAAGAACGAGUUCGAUGCUCGCGGUGUCAAGAUGAUUGGCUUGAGCGCCAACGACCUCGGAUCGCACGAGGGUUGGAUCAAGGACAUCAACGAGAUCGCAAACACCAGCCUCCAGUUCCCCAUCAUCGCCGACCACGACCGCAAGGUAGCCUUCCUGUACGACAUGAUCAACGAGGAGGAUCUCCACAAAGCAGCCAUUGCCUUCACAAUCCGCUCGGUCUUUGUCAUUGACCCUUCAAAGAAGGUCCGUCUGACCAUGAUGUACCCUGCCAGCACUGGCAGAAACAGCGCCGAAGUACUCAGAGUCAUCGACUCUCUUCAGACAGCCGACAAGAAGGGCAUUGCUACACCCAUCAAUUGGCAGGUUGGUGAGGAUGUCAUUGUCCCUCCUUCGGUGUCGACUGAGGAUGCAAGAAAGAAGUUCAACAACGUGCGCGAGCUCAAGCCUUAUCUUCGCUACGCCGAGAUCAAGUAG